AUUGUUGCUCUGCUGUCCCUCUGUGUGAUUUGAGCGUUCGUUUGCAUUCAUUUUUGCCGAGCUGUUCAGCCUAUCUUCCACCAACUGCAAGAGGACGUCCUUUUUCGCCCGUUCAAAACAACACGUCACGUCUUUGCUUCUACCACCCGUCUCACCCACCUCUCAAGCGCUUCAACGCCGACCUCUGAAAACUGACCAUGCAUUCUUCUCACAACAGAUCAAGGCGCAAGCGUGGCAAAAUUGACGACGUUGAGGACGAAGGACCGCCUCUGCAUGUCUCACGGGCUGAAGACACCCAGUCUGACGCUUAUUCUCGCUCUCGUCUGCAUUCUCAUCAACAAACUGAUUCCUACGUCCCUUUCGCAUCCCGAACUACCUUUGGCAUGAGCUGGGAAGGCCCUUCUUCACUCCCUGACUCAGCACCUGACCGUUUUCACUCCCGUCCGUCCGAUGCUCAUCAUCGUGGCGGCAGAGACAGUUACGACCUCCACGAUGAUGAUUCGUGGUCCGUGCGUCCUAAACAUGACUGGCACCACCAGCCUGGUAGGGAAUGGACAACGAGCCAAGGGUCCCCAGAACAACAAAAUUGGGGAGCGUCUACAUCAUAUACCGAUAGAGGUCGCAGCCACGGUUGGCAACCAGACGACAGACGGGCGAAGGAUGAUCGGGGGGAUAAUCACCAUCCUAAUAAUGACAACACCCACAACAACAACCGCCGUCGUAAUAAUCGAAAGUUUCAACAGCGAGACAAUGGUUGGGAGACUCGCAAAGACAGGCAUCCUCGAACGCAGGAUAUGCCAGAGGAUCCACCCAAGAAGGAUGAACGGUCCUGGGAGCCUGGCCCCGGAUGGCAACCGCGGCCCGCCGACCAAGGGGGCAAGCACAAUCGCAAUCGCAACAACGGGAAUAAGAAUAAAAACAAGAAAAAUCAGAAUAAAAAUCGCAUUCGAUUGGAGAAGGAGAGAGAUAAGGAGCGGGAGAGAGAGCGUCGACAUGAUGAUGACGACGACUUGAACAACUGGCAGAGACGGGAAUUCCAUCCCUUGCCUGCCAAACCUGUCCGCACCUCUCCUGCUAAACCGAAAACGUUGCCCUCCAGAUCACCAUCACCUGCAGGGACACGAUCGCGCUCGCGCUCCCCUGAUUCUUACUAUUCUCAUAUUUCUUCGCGAGGUCGUUCGCGCUCAAGAUCGUUGUCUCCAAGAUCGCAGCAGCAUAGCUACAGUCCAGUCCGGCGGCGUAGUCGGACGCCCAUUGACAGGGGACGCACUGGCCGGGAAGCUCAAAGCUGGAAGUCAUAUUCUCCUGGGUCAUCUGAUCGUAGUUGGACCAUUCGCAGAGGGCGUCGACACAGUCUUUCGUCGGCCUCCUCUGCAAGCCGGAGUAGAAGUAGAAGUUCAAGCCGUAGUGUGGAUGACCGGCCCAGACCCAAGCACCGUUUACCGACCGCAACCUCUAUCAACGACAUAUCACUGUCUAUAGCACAAACCACCAUCCAACAGCCACGUGGUGGUCUCCCCCCCACUUCAAGGGAUUCUGAAUCGCGGCCCAACGGAAAGACGAGAACGAAUGGAAAACAGGGCAAUGUGAGCAUAAUCAAUGCGACCCCAGAUGGACGCUGAUAAUUUUGCAGCGACGUCGACAUUUCUCGCCAGAUGCAGAGCAAAUGCCUCCUCCAUCCAAAGUCCCACGAACGUCUGCGAAACAUCAUUUGGGCGGUUCUCCCAUCAGCCAUCCUCCAUCAUCCACAUCCGGCUGGGCUGACAUUGA